AUGAAGAGAUCUUCUUUUGUCAGAGCACUUAUAAAACUAAACUUUGAUUUGAUGGCUAAUAAUGCCAUUAGUAAGAGUACCUUUUUGUUUCUCAUGAUGCUGCAAUCUUGCGUGAUACUUUGCUAUCCCUUUUUUGUAUUUUGCUACAAUGAGCCAGUAUACAAGAGUUUGAUACUUGCAUUUUACUAGAUGAACCCUCCUUAUUCAAUGAUUAUAUUCCUUGCAUUUCUACUCAUUUUUCAAUCUGUUGUGCUGCUAGAGUAUUUAAGUUUACUGAUUUUUGAAUGGGUUGCCACCAGAAAAAGAGAUGUGAGUAGAAAAUCAUCAGACGAUGAUAAAGAAGUUUUGCCCUCCCAUUAUAAAUUCUUUUUGAAUCUCAUCAUAUUUCAAUACUUGGUUAUAGUAUUAAUCCUAAACAUUCCGAGCAGAUCAUUUGCAACUAGGUCUGUAAUUUAAGCAGCUACUGAUUUGAAGUUAGACAAAGAUGAAGCCAGAAAUCUUGAGAUUUUGUCAAUAUUACUACUAAUUGUUGAUUUCAUAAAUACUAUGAUCUUUCACUCAUUUUUACAAAAUGUGUUCCCUUUAUAAUACAAUAUUCCUUGGGCUUAACUCGCACCUCAGUUUCAAUUACUUCAAGAACUAGUUUAUUACAUGUAUUCAGUUGCUAUAUCAUUGCCUCAGGCAGCCGAUUAUACAUACUAUAUUUAUGCAAUAUUUACGGUGCUAACUUUACUCUCUAUCAUCUAUUCAAAAACUUACUAUGAUUUAAUGGUUUUAAAGUUUUCAAAUUUUAACCAAAGUUUUAUCAUUAUGUCAAUGCUCAUACUUUCAUGCGGUUUAUCAAGAUCAGUUAAAUUUCGGUCUUUUUACCUUAUAAUGAUUGUUCUGCUAGCAUUUAUUAUCAUGUCACUAAUUUAGCUUGUAGACCAAUAGAGAAGGAUAAACGUCUUCCUAUAUAAUGAUAAACUUUCAAAGUCUAAGGAUGCAAUGAAGUGGGUAUGGACGAUGCACACUAAUUAUGAAUUCGAUAGUGAAACUAAGCAGGAUAAACUCAUCAAGAUAAUGAUUCAGUUAUAAAACUAAAUAAAGAGGCAUUAAAUGAAUUGCAGAGAUAAUGAUUGUAUCUGCGCAAGGAAGAAAGUAAGAAAACUAUUGAAAAUAAAGCAAGCUUCUCUAUGCACAGCUGAUGUCUGUCAAAGACUUAAACUUUAACUGAUUGAGAUUUAUUUACAAAGAAUAUUUAGCAAGACUGAUUCAGAACUUCAGUCAAACUCAAAAAAUGAUAUUCUUGGACUAUUCCUAGUUCAUCUUUGGCAAAAGACCUAAAAGAACUAUCUUUGCUGCAUUUACAACUUGCUUAAAUAUCAUGAUUGCAAGAGUUGUACAAUACAUGAAUGCUCAUAGUUUUAUUUCCUUACAAGAAUAAUACACCACAAGCUAAUGGAAAAGUAACUAAAUGAUGAAUCAGCAGUUAAAUUUUAAAAGAUGAUCUACUUUGAGUAGAGUUUCAAAGGUUACACUAACUCCAUCAAUAGUACCAUUUAAACAGUAAAUGAAUUUUGGCAAAACAUCAACAAAAAUACGCUUGAAAUCGAAAAGUCAGACAAAUUGAGUGAUAAGAUUAUCAAAAAUUAUCAUAGAUAUGUUAGCAUUUACUCAAGAAUCAUCAAAGAAUGUGGUGAGAUUGCAAUAGUAGAAAGAUUAGCUUGGAGAUUUAACUAAGAAAUAAUGUAGUUCGAAUAGGAAGCCCUUCAAAAUAUUGACAACCUAAAGAUCAUAAUUAACAAGCAAAGACUUCAUAAAAGGAGUAUUGAAGAAGAUCUCCUUCAAUUUAAUUUCAAGAACUUUUUCAUCAUAAUUAGUGCCAAUCCGUAGAAUUUCUAAAGUAUUCUUGGAGUAAGUAAGUAAUUGACUCAGUUUGUUGGAUAUACUGAAGAAUUCUUACUCACUAAUAAGCUCCCAGUGCUACUACCAAAAAUCAUAGACACUUAUCAUGACAGAUUACUAAAAAAUUAUUUGAGAAGAAAGAAUACAAGUCUACAAAAUUUCCUGCUUAAGCAGCAAUGGCUUUAAAAAAGCGAUGGAACAGUUGUUCCUGUGACAAUUAAUAUUAUUCCUAAGUAUGACGUUAAUGAGGGUCUUAGAUUAGUAGGUAUAAUUCAUGCUUAGAAGCAGUUCUCAUUAUUUGAGAAGGAAUUAAACUGCCAGACAGUAUUUGCAUUUUUAGCAGACAUCAAUCAAAAACUUAUUCACGUCUCUGAAAAUUGCAUUUAAAUAUUAAAGCUAAUGCAAAGUAUUCAUAAGUAAGAUAUUCAGAUGCAUUCCAUUCUCAAAAAUAUCCCUGAUAAUUUGGAAAACAAAAGUGAAUUUAUGACAGACAUUUCAAUCUUACAUCUUGUUCAAAAUAUAAAUGAAGUAGAAUUCCUUUAAGAUAGAAGAGUACAGGGAAAAGUCUUUUAUUAGGAGAGAACAUUCGGAGAAUACAAUACUAUCAGAGAAUAUCUUGUCAUAUUUAUGGUGUAGCAAGAUAUGACAGUUCUGAAUGCAAACAGAUACUUGACAAUGUAUGAUUCAAAUGUGGAUAUCCACACCUUGGAGUUCAGUUAAAUGAAUAUUCAAGGUUAAAGUAGUGCUACACAAUUGCACUAGUCAGAUAAUUUGCAGGCUACCUUCUCAGAUAGUUAGAUAUAAAAUUUUAUGGAUUUAAGUUCAAUGUCUUCAAACAGUUCUGGUUCUUCAAAUUUUAGCACUUAAGAUGCUUAAAUUGGGGAAAUCAAGUAGAUUUUUGAUUUUAACCUUCUACCAAAAUCUUUGAAAAUCUAUAGAAUCAAAAUAAUCCUUGGCUUUUUAUUGAUACUAGCAACAACAAUUACCCUACUAGUUGUUAAUUCCUAUUCAAAAUAGGAAUUCCAACAAGAUUUAAACGCUCUAUUUUCGGAAAAGAGAAUUCGCAAUAAUUUCUCCAGUUCUAAACUUAUAUCUCUCUUAAUAUUCAGCACUAGCAACAUGCCAAGCCAAAUCAAUGUAAAAGAUUUUGGCAUUCAAUAAAUUAAUAAAAAUAUAAGCUUGUACUACUUGAAUAAUAUGCCAGAUGUUUUGGAAGUUCUCUAAAAAUCUUUAAAUGACUUUAGUAUAUAGUAAACUUAAUGGGAUCCAGAUUUUGUAAAGAAAUUCAACAAUGAAUAACUAAACAUGACAUUUCUUACCACAACAGGAAAUAUCAUGCACAAUAAUAUGACUUUAUAUAAGGCCUUAACUCUUCUUCAAGAUUAUACUUCUCAACUAGGUAACUAUGAAAUUAGUGACUUUAUCGCUUCCUUUAAUAUUUAUGAGACAAACACUGUACAAGAAAUCCAGAAAGCAAUGAAAAUUGAAGAUAUAAGCAUGAGAACUAUUUUAUCUUAUCUUUUCUAUCUGGUUGAGAAUGGCUCAAACAUAAUGCUAACUUAGAUAAAAAGCAUUGAUUAACAAUUCAUUUAAUCUGUCCUGAAGCACGGAGAUAGUAUUAUUGAAAUGCUCUUGAUUUUCACUUUAGUGUGCUGCGGAAUCAUAUUGAUUUAAACUACGUUUUAUAUUCCAUUCUUGUUUGGAGUAGAAGAAAUAUAAAAGUAGAUGCUACAAUUUACCUACAAAACAGACAAAGUAAAGGUCUCUGAAAUAAUUAAAAAUUGCAAAGAACUCAGUGAUUACAUCGAGAGCAACAAAUUUUUAUAGGAGGAAGAGGGAUCUAAAUAAAAUAAUCGAACAACUAAUAAUAUUUAGGUGAUAUCUUAAAUUGAGUUAACGUAGCAGACCUUUCCAGCCUUCAAUGUAAUUGAGGAGAAUAAAGAAUCAAAUACAUCUAAUUAGGCAAAUUCCUAAUAAAUACAAUUCCCUUCACAUCAAACCUUCAAUAAGUAAACUUAUCAAACAAAUGAUAGAUUUGAAUCAAACGAGGAUCUAGUUUUGAAUAACAAUAAAUUGAAGUUCAAUAAAAAACCUAGCCAAGCAAUAAAAACGCCUUAACUUGAUCCAUUAUAAAAAUUCUAAGGAGAUAACCUUAAAUUUCAGCUUGAUCUAAAAAAGAGCUAUAAGAGCCAGUAGAUAACUUUCAAUAAGAGUAAGUUUGCAAGGAGUGAGAAAGAAGAAAUUAAAGAAGAAAAAUCAUCAAAUGAUGACACUUCAAAUGAUGGAAAAAGUGAAAAUAAAGGUCAUAAAAAAUAAAGAUUAAAAAGAAAAAAUACUGAAAAUUAGACUAAAGGAGCACUUACGGAGGGAUCAAAAUCAUAAGCACAUACAGUUGAUUAUUAGAUGAUGAAUAAGCAAGCUUAAAAGAGGAAAUUCAAGAUUGGAGCGAUUCUUUACAUCAUCGCUUCAUUGAUCAUCGCUUUCUAUGUUUCAGUGUUUUUUAUGUCUAGAAACAUCCUCAGUUCUUAUUAGAGAGCCUUCUACCAAUACGAUGCUUUCUAUAUUAGAAACACAUGCUAGACACAGAUCUACUUCUUGCUGUAAAAAAGCAUUUUGUAUAAUGAAUCAAUGAGAGAGGAUUCUUUUUCAGGCAAAAUCCUGGAUAGCAUCUACGAAGAGUGUAACAAUAAUGAAAACAAGUUCAGAAAUAUAAAGAAGGAUACUUCUGGUAUUUUCUCUAGUAUCUUGGAUUCAUUAGCUUUGAUGGAUUCAUCUGAGUAUUGUAAAUUUAUGAUAGACAAUGGUGGGGCCAAUGAUGACUGCUACACUGAUGCAUAGGGUUUCCUUUUAGUGGGGCUAUAAUAGAUUAUUGCUUCAUCACUUAAUCACAUAAACCAAAUGAGAAUAAACUAUAAUGCAAAACCUUAAUCUGAAAGAACUGUGAAAUACUUGACUGACACAUUUUAUAAUCCAACUACAUUCAGAAAUAUUGGUAUAUAUUAUGCUUAUCUCGAAUGGACUUUCAGAAAUGUGUAGAUUCAUAUCAAGGCUCAAAAUAAGACUAUUGAAGAUAAGACUGACUUUUAAGCUUAUUCCUUCUUAGGAGAUAUUUAAGAAUAAAGAUAUGCUUGA